UCCUCGGCAUCGACUUCCUGCAGCGAUCAUGCUUUCUCCUCGUGCUAUCCAGUCCGCUCGUGGCGUCGCCACAAAGGCCGCGACCGGCAAGUGGCUGGCCAGCGUCCCCAUGGGCCCGGCUGACCCCAUUCUCGGUCUGACCGAUCGCUUCAACAAGGACACGGACUCGCGUAAGAUCUCGCUGGGCGUUGGCGCCUACCGUGAUGACGAUGGUAAGCCGUUUGUGCUGCCGUCAGUGCUUGAAGCCGAGAAGCGCAUCAUGGCUGCCGGUAAGAACAAGGAGUACGCCGGUAUCGCCGGUAUGAAGGACUUCGUGGACCUGUCGCUGGAGUUCGCUUACGGCGAGGACUGCGAGGCUCUGAAGGAGGGCCGUAUCACCGGUGUGCAGACUAUCUCUGGUACGGGCGGUGUGCGUCUUGCUGGCGAGUUCUUUAACAAGUUCCUGGGCAAGAACACCCCCGUGUACCUUCCCAACCCGACGUGGGGCAACCACAUCCCCAUCAUGAAGAACGCUGGCAUGGAGGUGCGUCGCUACACGUACUUCGAGCCUGCUUCGCGUGGUCUGGACUUCAAGGGUCUCAUGAACGACCUCGAGGGCGCCCCCGAUGGAUCGGUCUUCCUAUUGCACGCCUGCGCGCACAACCCCACAGGUGUGGACCCCACGAUUGAGCAGUGGCAGGAGAUUGCGGACCUCAUGAAGACCAAGAAGCACGUGCCGUUCUUCGACUGCGCCUACCAGGGCUUUGCCUCGGGUGACGCCUCGCGUGACGCUGCUGCCAUCCGCCACUUUGUCAAGGAAGGCCACAACAUCUUCCUGUCGCAGUCGUACGCUAAGAACUUCGGUCUGUACGGUGAGCGCGUGGGUGCUCUGAGCGUCGUCACGGACAGCAAGGAGGAGGCUGAACGCGUGCAGUCGCAGCUCAAGAUCAUCAUCCGUCCCAUGUACUCGAACCCGCCCAUCCACGGCUCCCUCAUCGUGUCGACGAUCCUGUCGGACGCGCAGCUCAAGAAGCAGUGGUACAGCGAGUGCAAGGCCAUGGCUGACCGCAUUAUCUCGAUGCGUACGGCUCUCCGCUCGGCUAUCGAGAAGAUCGACGCUACUAACGGUGUCCAGUCCAACUGGAACCACAUCACGGACCAGAUCGGCAUGUUCUGCUACACUGGUCUGACGGAGGCCCAGGUGGCGCGCAUGAUGGAUGAGCACCAUAUCUAUUUGACCAAGGACGGCCGCGUCAGCAUGGCUGGUGUCACGACCAAGAACGUUGAGUACAUUGCGAAGUCCAUCACCGAGGUGGUGCAGAACGCCUAAGCAUGCGCGCGUGUGUGCAUACUGUAUCGGGUGGACAGAAAACGAAUCUCCACGUCCAUAUGGGGAAAAUGUUGCUGGAGCGACAAUACUGUUGUUGCAGUGGCAAGGUGUUGCAUAACCACAGGCAAAAAAUACAAAACUAAAAAUGGUUUGAAACACUUAAC